GUUGUUAACAUACCACCAUUAACAUCAGGUAGCAAGAUGAAUAAUUCCAAUCAAUCUUCCACUCUGUCCAUAUCAUCUAUCCCGCCAUCUAGCUUUUCAAAUGCGGCCGUCUUCAUGUCGCAAUCGUCGCUGCACGAUCCCAUCCACACCGAUCCAAAUUCACCGGAAAUGCUAAAGCAGAACGUGCAAAUUGCGCUUGAACAUGUCGCAAGAAUUCAAUCACUAGCACGUAACUGCUUGCACGGCAUACAAAACGCAUACCAAGCAGGAAAUAGUCCAGCACACACCACAGCUGAGCUGGCCGCACUUAUGCAGGCACUUCGCUCGCUCGCUGAAUUCCUUCGACAAACUGGUGUUGGCGCAUACCCCCUACCACCCUCCCCCGAGUCUCAGAGCGCAUCAUCGAUACCUCCCACAGAGCAGCAGCUUAUUGAUACAACGGCCCGCGAGGUACAAGUGCUUUAUGAGCGCCUAAAACGGAUUCAAGAGAGCAAUACUGUUGCCGUAAAUUUACUUGGGGCCGCUGAUACCAGCUCUCGUACACGCUAAUCAACAUCGGUAUCAGUUCUACUGUGUAGUUUUAUAACAUCAGCCCAGUUGAGAUGUGGUAAUGCGCAGAUUAACCAACUUAAGGUAAUUAUGCGUUCGAACUAGCU